AUGCCAAAGUGGGAACUGUUCCGCCCAUUGUCUCUGUUGGCUCAUGUGAAGGCGAUCCGCGUGCGGCUGCAUCCCGGCCGGCAGGCGUCUGAAGGGUGCCGACAGCUUGGCUCGAUGUUACGCGUCGGCGAUGUACAGAAAAAAUUCCCCGGUCUUCAGUCUUCCAUCGAGUUUCUGGGGUAUGAUGCGCCAUCUGAGAUAUACAUCGAAUUCACAAAUGGCAAGAAGUACAGGUUACUCGCUGACGGUUACUCCCUACAAGAACUACAAAUGCGUCUCGACCGCGAACAGUAUAAGCUUUUCGUUGAACACAUCAAGGAGCACGCGGCGGAUUCAACAGAGAAUGAUGAGGCGUGA